UUUAAAUUUCCAACCACGUUUGUUUGUUAUGAUUCGGUAACGCGUUAAUACGUUCGUUGAACUUGACAUGUCCAUGGAUUUUCUAUUUCUUUUCCCAGGCUUGGGAAAAAUCUCAAGUUUAUAAAAAUAAAUAUGAAAGGCCUAAUUACAAUCGGUACAGUCUGUAAAGUUAGUAUAAAUUUUGACCCCGUUUUGAGUUUGCGUUUCUGUGUAUUCGAUGCCGUUACUUUAGCCUUAAAAAGCUAGUUGUUUCUGAAAAGUUGAUGAGAAACAGUGGCCUGUGAAAUCCUGUGAAAAUGUGAUAGAUUGUUUUAAAAUAUAGACAUUUUCCUACAUACAUCUUUUUAAGACGAAAUGUAUUGAUUUGCCUUAAAGGCUUGGCCGGCGAAUAAACGGACUAUACAUGAUUUUCUAGGGUCUUACGUGGUUUCUAUUGGCUCACUGAAUCAUAAAAAAAUAAGGGACAUAUUUUUUAUGGGAAUUUUCUAAAUGACUGAACAUUUACAUAGAAAUCUCCAAAUUUUUGAGAAAAUCACGAAUGUUUUCAUACGUGACAAAAAUUGUAAAACAGUUAAAUGUAGUGAUUAGUGGCAGUGAUAGUGUAAUGUUUUUGUGUUUUCAAAGACAAAAUUAUGAUAUUUAAAAAAGAAAUGAAAAGUGUGAAGUAUAUUGAUUAUUUUUAAUGUUUCCAAGUUCUUUAAAACGCUGACUCAUAAAUAAUUUUGAGGAAUUUGACAUUUUAUGUUGUGGGAAGAUAAUUUUUUGUAAGUUAAACAAAAAGUUUGGAAUUUUUUCGUUAUUUUUUUGUAUACAUAACCAAACAAAACAUUUAAGAAAAAUGUUACCCCAACAAUAUUGCUUAAGAUGGAGAUAUCAUCAUUCCAAUUUACAAGCGAUGUUUUCGCAACUUUUGGAAAGAGAAGCCUUUUGUGAUGUUACAUUAGCUUGUGAAGGGCGAACCAUAAAGGCACAUAAAAUAGUUCUUUCGGCGUGCAGUACCUACUUUGAAACUAUAUUGUCCCAGUAUGAAGAAAAAGACCCAAUACUUAUCAUGAAAGAUAUUAAAUAUGUAGAUAUCAAGUGUCUGGUCGAAUUUAUGUACAAAGGAGAAAUUAAUGUUGAACAUUGCCAUUUAGCAACUUUGCUUAAGACAGCGGAGGAACUGAGAAUCAAGGGCCUCGCAGAGGUUUCAUGGAGAGACGAAGAACAGACUGGACCCAGCGAUGGAAGCUCCAACGGCAUCCAGACGGCUAUACCAUCGGUCACCACCGUUAUGGAUAGUCCGAAAUAUGAAUCGAAUAGCCCGAAUAAGAAGAAAAGAGGCAGGCCACCCAUUGAUGACUACGAGAAUCAGUUUUCAACUCCCAGGAUUUCCAACGUUUCGGGAAAUGUGAGCAAUGUAGAGGACGCCUAUUCGAACGAUGCCAUGUCCAGUAGUGAACACGAUCUUCAAAUAUGGGAGGACGACCAAGCAAACGAAGUAACAGAAAUUACGGACACCGAUGAGCCUCCAUUGAAAGUUAAGAAGGAAUCGCACGACGAAGAUGAUGAAAGGAGCAACACGUCAUUCACGAUGGAAAAGGGCUUACCUUCUGUCGCCUCCAGAGCGCCAUCGUCGAUCGCCCAGAGCGCCACCACGUCCAGCGGUCAGUCUUUCCUAACGCCGGCGAUAGAGAAGGAAUGGCCGGACGUGAUCAAGAUGAACGAGUACUUGAACACGGGCAGGCGCCAACAAUUCUGGGAAGAACCGUUCACCAAGCGAGUGAUGGACGGAAUCAAGACGAAAAAUUUGGAAAUGAAAGUGGCGGCGGAACUACUUGGCGUGUCCUAUGGUACUUUGUAUGGACGGUAUAGGGAUUCUUAUGGGUGUUUGAAGCAUCCUUAUAGAGUACGAGACUUCUGGACGGAACAAGCUCCCACUGAUCUGCUUCUUAAGCUAAAACGCAAAGAAAUCACUUUAUUUAGAGCCGCAGAACAACUUAACGUUACACCCCAAACGUUAUCGAAUUAUUUAAUGUCGGUGUCGCAAGGAGAAAAUCCCGAUACAAAUUCCAGUGCCCAAUCAAUACAGGGAGAAUCUUAUGAAGAAGGUACAACAGAUGAUGAAGCCGAUUCAAUCUUACCAGACAUUCCGUCAAAUAAUACUAAUGUAUUUAAGAACUUGGUGGCCGCAAAUAGCAAUGCCAAUACCCCACCGUCAGGUGGUAAUAACAAGUCGGUUCUUGCCAACUGUCCCGACAUCACUAUCAUCAAGAAGGAAAAACUAGACCAGAAAGUGAAUAAUAAUUCAGAUCAUUCCGAUGUUGGUAGCGAUAAGUAAGUUAGAAACUUACUUAUUGGUAAGUUAAGAGAUGAUAUUUGCCUACACAAGUUAAAAAAUAAAGUGGUUGUUAUUUACCAUAAUAUAGUUAAGAAAACAUGUAUAGCGUUCUAAAAUACUUAUGGAUUUUUUCUUUUUAAUUUUGCAAUCAGAUUUACUCUAUGUAUGAAAUACAUACUCUAUAAGAUACAUUAAAUUGAAUGUAGGCAAAUUUCAUUGAUUUUAGUAACUAAAAAUAAUGUACUGUAACCUACUUUCCACUUUUGAGUAUUUGAUAUAAACCAAAGUGAUUUUUUACUGUUUUCUAGUUAUUUAGAAAGAAAUAUAUCUUAAUCCUAAUAAGAAAUGUAGUAUUUUAAGGCAAGAUCUUUAAAAGAUGACCAAUUCCAUUGUAAGAUUUAGUUUUUACACGUUAUAUAACGUACACUUUUUUUUGGCAUUUUGUGGUACAGUAUCUUGUUAUGUUUAAAUUGACUAUAUAUUUUUAUUAAAAGAAUAAAGCAGGUGCGUAGUUAAAAUGUCACACUGUGCAUCAAAUGCAAUCAUAUUAAAAUUCUAUUAAUCAUUUCAAAAUGUUUAGAACAGAUGGGAAAUUUUUUAUUAAUUUAUUGAAAAAAACUUAUGUGUAGUUACUUCAGCAUAUCCAAUAACAAUAAACCAGUUCUAUGGGUGAUGGCAGGGCUAUGCUAUAUAUGCUAUGUGAUGCGGAAAUUUACAAAAAAAAAUCCUUUUUUCAUAUGCAGAAGUUGGGUUUAAAUCAGAGGUUCCCAAACUUUUAUUUCUUGUAGACCAGUUUCAAAAUAUUAUUGGUUUCGGUGCAAAACUCGUUAAAAAAUGUGAAGAUUUGAUCUAACGAUGGAAAUUUGCAUUGUGCUGUGAAAAACAAAGUAAAUUCUUUAUUCAUUGGAUUAUAAAACAGAACAAAUUCAUCCUGACAUUGUUUUUAAUGAUUAAAAUAGAGUUUUAGGUUAUUUAGAAAGUUUGUAGAGUUACUUUGAUGUAUUGGUUACAAAUUUUUAAUAUCUAUACAUAGAGUUGUAUUAUUGUGUGCUGGUCUGAAAAUUAACAUUUUUGGUUUUUAACUGUAUAUUACUGGAUAGUAAAAUGACAUUCCUGUAAUAUAUAAUAUUAUGUAAAUUAUUUUUUUAAAACCUCGAUUGGUCUUAUGUCUAUUCUGAAUAACCUUUCUCUUUAACUUUUUCGAUAUCAAUGACUAAAGAAUAUAAGGACAUGUAACGCCCAUAUACGGGCUGCAGCAGAAGUUGCGACCUUAGACGCCUUUUCUUUUGGUGGCAAACAAUGAGUCAUCAGUUGGUCACCAGCGACAAUUUUAGCAAUUUUUAAUAGUUUGUGUGUAGUGAACAUUGUAUAAACUUUAUUACAAUGCUGAUUAGUUAUUCAGCUUUCAAAUGUAAAAGCAGCAGCGACAAAAAAGAGCCAGGAGUUAUGUUUCAUAGGUAGAUAAACAGUCCGCUCCACCUUUUAGCGUUUUCUUAAGUUUUCUUAUUGAAUUCGAUAAUUAUUUUUCUGAUUUAUAUGUACUUGAUGUGUGCUAUACGUCGAUACUAGUUUUGUACCUUUUGUUAACAUUUUAAUACG